UGUUUUCAACAACAAUAAUAAAAAGGCAUAACGGGACAUUAACCAAAAAUGACACAAAUUAUCGGUUUAAGAAAAACCGUCUUGGUGACACAAGCAUUUAAAAUGGAAGAAACGCAACGAAAAAUAAAAUUUCAGUUGAAGUUGUUGAAAGGUCUGGUGAAACGCUACAAGGAGUUGAAGGAGGAAAUUGGUGCCGUUGAUGCGAAUCAAAUCGAUCCCUUUCUAUCAUUGCUCGACGACAUAAACGGCACACCGGUCGAGGAUGUCGUUUAUUUUCGUAUCGAACUGGAAGAUGUGAAAGAAUAUGUGGAACGUGAAAUGAUGCAGCUGAUGAAUUUACUCGAAAGAAAUGGGUCUCCGUUUCGAGAACGAUGCAAAACGUUUCCGUGGAGAGUGCUGUUCGAUUUGUCGCCAGAAGUUCCGAAAGUACAAACAACGGUAAGCACUCCCACGAAUUCCGAUAGCGGUGACGGUUCGAUGGACGAUUUUUCUGAUAGACACGGAGCAAAGGGGACAGAAUAAUUAUCUUUAGAUUAUACGAGAUUUCGUACCUGAAGGCUUAACAUCCUCUCUAAGAGGAGCAAAGGUAACAAUCACAAAAGAGGAAUUCGAUGGCGAAAGUAUUGUUGGUGACGAGAUGGGUCCCGAGGAUGCUCUUAACGAGAACGAGGCUAGUGGUAGUGGUGGCCUGUGAAAAUUCCAAUAGAAUCAGCAAACUUAAAUUAAAAAUAUAUUAUUUCUGACUAGAUCUGUCAGCAGUGAGAGCCUGUUGAAAGUCUCUUCCAAUAAAA